AUGGCCAAAGUACAAGCUGCCACAGUAUCUAAUAAGAUGGUCAGAAAGCGAAAAUGGAAAGACGCUGAAGACGCGAAUUCAGAUGCUACCUCGACCCAAUCACUCCAAGCCACGGUCGAGCCAGAUCAAGACGUCACUCAUACAACUGAGACUACAACUGUUCCCACGAAAGAACAUGAUGGUGGGAAAAGGCCGCGACGAGUAAAGAAACGGAAUCCACCUCCUACGCUCGCUCGAAAUCCAUCUUCUCUUACAAAUCCGGUCACUAGUACCAUCCCAUGGCCAUCCUUGUUUCAGAAUCUCGAAAAGACCCAUAGAGCAUUGAACCUAGUCUACACAUUCUGCUCCACGCGAAAACAUUUAGCUACUACAAUUGAUAAUCUAAAGUCUGCUGUGGAAGGACAUAUAAAGCGGGAGUUGAGGAUUGAGGAUGUUGCGCAGAUAGUGGCACUGCGCCCUGGUGGAAUGAAUUUCGCCUAUGUUGAUGAGGCGAUGUUACAAUUGGAUGUUAGGGGCGCGGAGAGAGAUGAGACUUUUAAAGGCGGGCGGGCAAAGAAUUGGCAUGCUGCUGGACCGGCCCCGGAUGCGUCUGUGGGAGGCCUCACGGGUGGCGAGGGUCUGGGGUUUGGAGAAGGGGCAGAUGGGGAGGGAAAGGAAGUCUUGCUCUUUGAAUUCAUAGAUGAGGAUCUGAAGAGACAGGUACAAAGCAAGAAGACUGGUGAAGCAGUUAAGGCUACCAGAAAGUUAAAAGAUGAGGAAUUGAAGAUGCCUGUUUUCAGUCAGAAACAGAUGAUGAAUUUAAUCGAGAAACGGAAUACAAAGUUUGUCAGUGCAAUCAAUGCAUUUCUCAAUCGUUGCGAGGCAGAUAGUAUCGAUGCAGAAGAAACUUUAUUAAAGGAUGCGGAACCAUUGAUUCCUGUACCAUCAAUUUCGAGAAGUAGCACACCCAAGCCGGAUUACAGUAUCUUGCCAAAAAGCAUACCCAAAGAACGAGCGAGUAUAUCAGAUAUCAUCACAGAAAUCAAAGAAAGCGAAUGGUACACUAGUCAAAUCGUACCUGACGGGCAUCGUGUGUUUGACCCUCAAGAAGCAUUAUAUGGAGAUUUGAAUUUCGUUCUGAGCCAAAGUCUGGUCAAUGCUUUGUACAAUACUAAGAACAUUACACAAUUCUAUGCGCACCAAGCUGAAGCUAUCAAUAACCUUCACGAUGGACAUAACGUCGUAGUGGCGACUUCAACGAGUUCUGGAAAAUCUUUGAUCUAUCAGAUACCAGUUUUGCAUGAACUUGAGAAAGAUCAUAAUACAAGAGCAAUGUACAUAUUCCCUACCAAAGCUCUAGCACAAGAUCAAAGGAGAAGUUUGAAGGAGAUGAUGAGGUUCAUGACUGGUCUUGAGGAAGCCAUUGUGGAGACGUUCGAUGGCGAUACGGAAAUGAAGGAUCGAAAUAUGAUACGUGAUGAGGGUAGGAUUAUAUUCACGAAUCCUGAUAUGUUGCACAUUACUAUUCUUCCACAGGAAGACAAGUGGCGUUCAUUCUUGAGGAAUCUCAAGUAUGUUGUGGUUGACGAAAUCCAUGUCUACAAUGGGCUGUUCGGUUCUCACGUAGCCUUUAUUAUGAGACGACUGAGAAGGAUAUGUGCGGCGUUGGGAAAUCAAGACAUCAAAUUUAUUUCCUGCUCUGCCACAGUGGCAAAUCCGAUGGAGCAUUUUAAGACAAUCUUUGGUAUUGAUAAUGUACGGAUGACAGACUUCGAUGGUUCUCCUUCUGGUAGGAAGGAGUUUCUGUGCUGGAAUACGCCUUUCAAAGACCCUGUAGACCCUGCCAGCGGACGUGGUGAUACACGAGCCGAGGCUGCAAGACUAUUCUGUCAGUUAAUACUACGAGGUGUCAGGGUAAUAGCCUUUUGCCGCGUUCGUAGACAAUGCGAGGCUUUAGUGGGUGCAGUAAAAGAAGAAUUAGCUACCUUAGGACGACCAGAGUGUAUGGCUCGUGUAAUGGGCUAUCGAUGCGGGUACACACCACAAGACCGAAGACGAAUCGAAAGCGAAAUGUUUGAGGGGAAGCUGAUGGGUAUUAUUGCCACAACUGCUCUGGAACUCGGUGUAGAUAUUGGAUCUCUAGAUGCGGUUUUGACAGUUGGCUUCCCAUAUACGAUCGCAAAUCUGCGGCAACAAAGUGGACGAGCUGGACGGAGAAACAAGGAUUCAUUGUCGGUCUUGAUAGGUGAUUGUUUUCCUAGUGAUCAGUAUUACAUGAAUAAUCCGGACGAAAUCUUCACGAAACCGAAUUGCGAACUGCAGGUUGAUCUGCAGAAUAUGUUGGUACUCGAAGGUCAUAUUCAAUGUGCGGCCUAUGAGUUGCCUAUUCGUCCCGAUGAAGAUGCGGUUUAUUUCCCCAAGAACUUGGCUGAGGUUGCAGAAGAACGUUUGGUGAAGGAUGAACUUGGCUUUUAUCACUGCAGCGAACGAUAUAGACCCACUCCAUCAAAAUUGGUUGCAAUUCGAGAUACGGAAGAGGAUCAUUUCGCUAUCGUCGACAUCAGUCAUGGAAAGAAUAUCGUAUUGGAGGAAUUAGAAGCAUCUCGAGCAUUCUUCACCCUCUACGAUGGCGGUAUUUUCCUUCAUCAGGGAAACACAUAUUUAGUCAAAGAAUUCAACCCCGAUCGAAAGAUUGCGAAAGUCGAGCUAGUCCGUGUCGACUGGACCACUCAGCAGCGCGACUAUACCGACAUCGACCCCAUCGAAACCGAAGCCAUCCGUCGCAUUCCCAAUUCUCUCUCUCGUGCAUUUUUCGGCGCGAUCAAAAUCCAACAAAACGUCUUUGGCUUCUUCAAACUCGAUAAGAAACGUCGUAUCCUCGAUGCCAUUCAAGUAGACAAUCCACCCAUCAUACUCUAUAGCAAGGGAAUGUGGCUCGAUGUUCCUAAAAUUGCUCUCGAGAUCCUAGUCGAAAGACGUCUUAAUAUCGCUGGUGCUAUUCAUGCAGCCGAACAUGCGGUUUUGUCACUUAUGCCCAAUUUCGUAAUCAGUAUGCCGGGCGAUGUACGCACCGAAUGUAAAAUCGGGGUCAAAGAAUUCGCACCAAAGGAAACUAGUCGGAAACGACCGGCUCGUCUCACGUUCUAUGAUGCCAAGGGCGGCGCAUCGGGAUCGGGGAUUAGCACGAAGGCGUUCGAGUUUAUAGAUUUGUUACUGAAACAGGCAUUGAGGAGAAUAGAAGGUUGUCAUUGUUAUGAGGGGUGUGUAGAGUGUGUUGCGAGCGAAAACUGUAAACAUGCAAAUGAAGUUAUGAGUAAGGCGGGGAGUGAGGUUAUUCUGAAAAGUCUGCUGGGAUUGAAGAUUGAUGUUGAUGCGUUGCCGAUGGGGCCGGAAGAUGAGAGGGAUGGGGGGAUUGAGACGGUGGUGUUGGCGGAGACGGUUAUGGGGAAGGGGAGGGUGAGGGACUUUGCGGAUCCGGUGAAUGCAGAGGUUAGGGUUAAGGAUGAGCCGGUGGAUUGA